GAUGGAUUAGAUGCUUUGGUAUAUGACUUGGAUUUUCCUGCCUUAAGAAAAAACAAAAACAUUGAUAACUUCUUAAACAGGUAUAAAGACACAGUAAAUAAAAUGAGAGAUCUGCGCAUGAAAGCUGAAGAUUAUGAAGUGGUGAAGGUGAUUGGUAGAGGCGCAUUUGGGGAGGUUCAGUUGGUAAGACAUAAAUCCUCAAGGAGAGUGUAUGCUAUGAAGCUUCUGAGCAAAUUUGAGAUGAUAAAAAGAUCGGAUUCUGCAUUCUUCUGGGAAGAAAGGGAUAUUAUGGCUUUUGCUAACAGUCCUUGGGUUGUCCAG